CGAGGAGCCGCAGGGCCCGCAGGCAGCAUCUGAGGCGGCGGCUCCUCCUCUCCAGCCAUGGCUGUAAAGGACCCUACAGCUGUAGAAAGAGCAAAUUUACUGAACAUGGCUAAAUUGAGUAUCAAAGGACUCAUUGAAUCAGCUUUGAGCUUUGGCCGCACUCUGGAUUCUGACUACCCACCAUUGCAGCAGUUCUUUGUUGUCAUGGAGCACUGCCUGAAGCAUGGCCUUAAAGUGAGAAAGUCCUUUCUAAGUUACAAUAAAACCAUCUGGGGGCCUCUGGAACUUGUGGAGAAGUUAUAUCCAGAAGCUGAGGAAAUAGCAGCAAGUGUCAGAGAUUUGCCUGGCCUUAAAACACCGCUGGGCCGUGCCCGGGCCUGGUUACGGUUAGCACUAAUGCAGAAGAAAAUGGCCGACUACCUUCGCUGUUUAAUUAUUCAGAGGGAUCUUCUCAGUGAAUUUUAUGAGUAUCAUGCACUAAUGAUGGAAGAAGAAGGAGCAGUUAUUGUUGGGCUAUUAGUUGGCUUAAAUGUGAUAGAUGCUAACCUGUGUGUGAAGGGAGAAGACCUCGAUUCACAAGUGGGGGUGAUUGAUUUCUCGAUGUAUUUAAAGAGCGAUGAUGACAUUGGGGGUAAGGAAAGAGAUGUACAGAUUGCUGCAAUUUUGGACCAAAAGAAUUAUGUUGAAGAACUGAACAGGCAACUGAAUAGCACAGUUAGCAGUCUACAUGCAAGGGUUGAUUCACUGGAGAAAUCAAACACUAAACUGAUCGAAGAGUUAGCAAUAGCCAAAAACAAUAUCAUUAAACUUCAGGAAGAAAACCAUCAGUUAAGGAGUGAAAAUACCCUUAUUUUAAUGAAAACACAGCAUCAUCUAGAGGCAACUAAAGUAGAUGUUGAAGCAGAACUUCAGACAUACAAACACUCCAGGCAAGGUUUAGAUGAAAUGUACAAUGAAGCACAUAGACAGCUUCGAGAAGAAUCACAACUUCGACAAGACAUGGAGAAUGAGCUAGUGGUUCAAGUUAGUAUGAAACAUGAGAUAGAACUUGCCAUGAAGUUGCUAGAGAAGGAUAUCCAUGAGAAGCAGGAUACCCUCAUAGGCCUUCGACAGCAGCUUGAUGAAGUUAAAGCAAUUAACAUGGAGAUGUACCAAAAGCUGCAGGUUUCUGAAGAUGCUAUGAACGAAAAGAAUGAAAUAAUUGGUCGAUUAGAGGAUAAGACCAAUCAAAUCAAUGCUACUAUGAAACAACUAGAACAAAGAUUGCAGCAAGCAGAGAAGGCUCAAAUGGAGGCUGAGACCGAGGACGAGAAACUUAAACAGGAGUAUGUGAAUAAAUCUGAAAGUCUGCAGAAAGAAUUAUCCCAGAAGGAGAAACAACUGCUUCAGCUGGAAACAGAUUUGAAGAUAGAAAAAGAGUGGCGGCAAACCUUAGAGGAUGAUCUUCAAAAGGAAAAGGAAACAGUAUCUCAUCUGAGAACAGGGACCCAAGAAAUAAUUAACCUUAAAAAAGAGUUCCUUAAACUUCAGGAAAAGAACAAGCAACUGAAAAGAAUAUGUCAGGACCAAGAAGCUGCUCUCCAAGAACUGGCAUCGAAGCUGAGCGAAUCAAAGCUGAAAAUAGAAGAUAUAAAGGAAGCAAACAAAGCUUUGCAGGGCCAGGUUUGGUUGAAGGACAAGGAGGCUACGCAUUGCAAGUUAUGUGAAAAGGAAUUUUCUCUUUCCAAAAGGAAGCAUCAUUGUAGAAACUGUGGUGAGAUCUUCUGUAAUGCCUGCUCUGACAAUGAACUGCCUCUGCCUUCUUCACCAAAGCCUGUUCGGGUCUGUGAUUCCUGCCAUGCUAUCCUUAUACAGAGGUGCUCUUCCAAUGUGCCAUAAGGUUAUUUUCCAGAUAUUUAUUACCUUUUGGUAUUUAGAAAAUCCUGUACAAAACAAACCAAAUAAAGCAGCCAACAGUACAACAGUGUUUCCAGGAUUUCAGGUAAGCAGUUUAGAGUUGCAUUUUGAAGUACCACGGAGAAGUUACUCAUCUGCUUCCUGUUGAAACAAGUGGAGAAAAUGAGACCCAAAUGUAGAAAAUGCACAUGCUACAAAUACAGACGUCGAUGUUAAGUCUAACAGAUGUCUCAGGAGCUCUUUUGGAGGAAGCAGAGCAACCUAUCGAGGAGGCUUGCUGUUAACAUGUAUUUGAUCAAUAUCUUAGUCCUUAGGACAAUGUUGGAAAAUACACUUACCUGCUUUUACAGGCUCGUCUGCAACAAGCCCAACCUGAUUCUGCUGCAGAAUGUGCCUGUGAUGUGCUGCUGUGAAGCCAAAUGGUGCAGUAGCCAGUUUUAAAUUGCAUUUUUAAAAAGUGGUGCAAUUAAUGAAGUGGUCCAAUAGGUUAUUGCAAAAACCGUAUGUGUGUUUACUUCCCCUCAGUUAUCAAGAUUUCAUACAUCCAAGAAUGUUGCACUGACAGCUCUGUUCCUUGUAGUUGCAGAUAUGGAGGGAGAUUGUCAGCCAGGUAACGAAGGGUGCCUCUGAGCACUUGUUAACUGAAGGGUGUGUUGUGCUGAAAUAAUGUUUGAAAUUAACUGUUAAUUUGACAUUUCCAUAUUCCCACUGAGAGCUGUCCAUCGUGAUUUUUUUUGCUUGACAUUAUCCAUAACCUUGAAAAAGUGUCUUUCCAUUGGUUUUGUGUAAGUGGUGCUUUCAGACUUGCACAUGUAGUUGUUGUACCUCUAGAAGCAGAGGGAAUCUGCCACCAAGACUAGGAUUAAAUCCUGGGGACUGCAUCCUUCCUGUGGUAGACAGGAAGAUUCUUCCUUAUUUUGCCAUCAUCUUUCUCCAUCUUUCAGAGUUUGUUCCUAAACCUCAUCUUUUUACCAGAGCACUUUUGAGCAUGUCUAGGUCUGACUGCUCUGCACACCAGUGGUGGAAUGACAAUUUUGCUGGAAUGAAGAUCCAUAUUCCUCCUGUAGGCAGAUAUGAAUCUCCUCAUAUCUGAUACGAAACACCCUUUGAUAAUUGUCCUCACUGCCAGUCACUGCACCAGACCCAGUCCCCCAUCCUCCCCAGGGGUGACCCACCCACAAGCCAUCAGCAGAAUCACCACCCUGGUCAUUCCUUCAGCCAGAGCCAGGGAAUGUUCUUACCAACAGGAAAAGGGAGGCUUUGAAACAGGCCUUGUAAUUGUUCUGGCACACUUGUUGGGCUUCACUUUGCCAUUCAAGGAUAAGUAUUUAGUUAAUGUUCUAGAAGUGAACGGAGCUGUUUUUAACACCUCAAUGGAGUCGCUUAUGUAGCUUUUGUAAAAAAAAAUGUUUUUAAAAUUACCUGCUGUAACUUUUUGUAAAAUACAAACCAAAUACUUGUAAAUCUGUGAAUAGCUU